ACGACAACAUUGUCCCUCCAGAGGAUCCAGCGGCGUCAUGCGAACGAGGCGCUUCUUUCCUGCGGCGGAACCCUGAAGAGAGACGCUCGCAAGUCGGCGGGGGGAAACGCGGAACAUCCUCGGCGUCUUGGAAGAAAGUCCCGUUGUGUCAACCAUCGCUUGGCUCUCGGGGCACGCUUUGUACGGAGCGGGGAGCAAGUUGGACAGCUGCGUGUUUUCCAGCGAGCCAUCACAAAGAAUGAAGACACCGAAACGAGUACGAGAUGAGCCUCAGUCUGAGCAGGAGCAUUCCUCGGCUGUGUCAAACAGCGAUGAAGACGCGCCGAUGGACCUGUCGGUGAAGCAGCUUUCCGGGAAGCGUCGUCGCCGCGGCAACUUGCCCAGGGCAUCGGUUCAGAUUCUGCGGGAUUGGCUGUACGAGCAUCGCUACAACGCUUACCCAUCAGAGCAGGAGAAACAAAUCUUAUCAAGGCAAACAAAUCUGACGGUGCUGCAGAUAUGUAACUGGUUCAUCAAUGCACGGCGCCGUGUGCUCCCCGAAAUGCUCCGCAAGGAUGGCAAAGACCCUUCAAAGUUUACCAUUUCUCGUAAAAUCUUCAGUCGGAACAGCACGGACUCACCCGACGGGGGCGGAGCCUCCGCUUCAGACAGCAACUCGUCUUCCGACUUGUCUGAAGCACGUGCAUCUGUCAUCCACCCUUCGCCCACUUUGGGCCUCAGCGUCCUGGGAAACACAGCAACUGCUAUUCUGACGAGAGCAGGGUACCCCGGCGAGGAAGGGUCCACUCAGGCCCUCAUGACACUGGAUACUCACACUCUGCUGAAGGAGGAUCCAGAGCAAGAGGCGGGGGCCGCUCCUCCUCAUCCUCCGCCAGACAGCCACAAUGUUGCAGCUACCUCCACCAGUGACCUCUCCAACACACUUCCUCAUCCUCAAUUUAACGUGCAGGACUUCAGGGAUUUCAGGAUUCUUGUUGAAGCUGCUGUGUACAGAGCCGCAGAACUGGAGAAGCUGAGGGAGCUGAGCCAGGCCCAGACUCAAACCGCAGCAGUGGAAGUCAAGUCGGAGGACACGAAGGCCGAUUGGUCCAACAGCGUUGCCACGGGUCCCGCUUCGCCUCCGGAGGAUAGCCAGAGCGUAAUGGAUCCCACCACUGUGCAGAGUCUGAUGGAGAGGGCAAUGGACAUACCGGUGCCGACUGCAGCGUCAUUGAUAUCCGAGUCUUCAGCUGCCUCUCUACCAGCGCCGUACUUGACUUUGGCCUCGAGGGUUUCUACUCCUCCGGUGAACAUCGUGACGCCGUUGGAGAAAGACACCAACCAAGCACCAGGCCCGAGCAGCUCUCACCUCUUCCCUUCCCGUCUCCCAGCCUAUGUGCCAGUGUCUGCCUUAGUGUUAGGACAGCAAAACCCUCAGAGAGCAGCUCCUGCUCCUCCUGCUGUCACCCCAACCUCAUCGCCAGCUCCACCCACACAGACCGUCACCGCUUCGCCGUCGGUGCCAACAAACCCGGCCCCCGUCUCCUCCGGAUCGCCUGCAGCUGUGGCGCUCCUGCCAGCCGGCGCUUCCGCAGCCGCCUCGUCUCCGUCGGUUUCCAGAGGCGUCCUGCUCCACCUGCCCUUCUACACACCCGCCCUGGUCCCCGUCACAGUUCCCUGCCCGCCGCCCGCCGCAAAAUCAGUGCCAGCCGCGACCCCCUCGCCAUCCCCAAUGUCUCCCGCAGCCCUGGCCCCCGCCGUCGUCCCCGCGACGCCGCCGUCUCCAUCCGCAAUCACCCCUCUGGCGGGCCUCACGCCCCCGCUGCAGCUCUCCGCCUCCGCCGGCAGCAUGAGCAGCAGCUCGCAGAGGAACGCCGCCAUCGUUUGGAGCAUGGUCCACCCCGACACCAGGCAGCCCGGCUCCCUUCAAGUGGCGAAGCCCCCCAUCGCAGCCGUGUGGGGCCCCAAACAUGGCCUCCACACCGUGAGCGAGCCUGUGAACUAGGAGCUGCAGCGAGUUUAGUUUGUUUUUUUGGGAAGACGUGAGGCCAAAUGUGUGCUGGAUGGCGAGUGCCGCGGCGCUCCCCUCGUUUCUGAGACUCAUCCCGAUCCUGCUGGACAGCAGGGUACGAUCCCGGGAGCAAGUUCAGGAAGCAACUGUUGUGACACUAUCUUUUAAUUCUUUCUUACAUGGAGAUUUCCACGGGCGCUCCAGCUUCGAACAGACUUUGACAUCAUUCCUGUACCUGAGUAUUUCCUCAGUUGCGCGUGCUAGAAAAACAUUUCAUCUUUCUGUAGACAAGUAUCAUGUAAUUGUACACAAUCUCAAGCGUGGUUAUUGUCUGCACCAGCAGGGACGGCCUGUUCAGUGGCAGUACUGGAUUUUUAUUGAAUGUAUAAAAGACUUAUUAACUGCCAUUCAUUCUCUAGUUUGGUUUUUUUUUUUUU